GACGUGGCGGGGCGGGACUUCCGGGAGGAGGCGGAAGUCGAGCUGUAGGCACCGGCUGGCAGGGGCAGCUGACACAUCGGUGGUCGCCCCCGGCGCCGCGCAAGGCUAGGAGGCAAAGCAGGCCCGGGCUCUGUUGCCAUCUUCCCGGGUCCCCGCGACGACGAUUUCUGUGCAAGGAUGGCUCGGGGCGAGCGGCGGCGCCGCGGAGCGCCGGCAGACGGAGCGCGCACGGCAGAGAGGGCGGCUCGGGGAGGCCCCGCACGGCGGCAUGGCCGGGGCGGCAGGGCUGGGGGCGCGGCUCUGGCGGUAGUGGUCCUGUCUCUGGCCCUGGGCCUGUCCGGUCGCUGGUUUCUGCCGUGGUACCGUGCGCGGCGGGCUGUCAUGCUGCACUCCGCCCCGCCGGCGCUGCCUCCAGACUCUUCCAGCCCUACCGUGGCUCCGGACCUCUUCUGGGGCACCUACCGCCCUCACGUCUACUUCGGCAUGAAGACCCGAAGCCCGCAGCCCCUCCUCACCGGACUGAUGUGGGCGCAGCAAGGCACCACCCCAGGGACCCCUAAGCUCAGGCACACGUGUGAGCAGGGGGACGGCGUGGGUCCCUAUGGCUGGGAGUUCCACGACGGUGUCUCCUUCGGGCGGCAACACAUCCAGGAUGGGGCCUUAAGGCUCACCACUGAGUUCGUCAAGAGGCCUGGGGGUCAGCACGGAGGGGACUGGAGCUGGAGAGUGACUGUAGAGCCUCAGGCUUCAGGGACCUCUGCCCGCCCUCUGGUGUCCCUGUUCUUCUAUGUGGUAACAGAUGGCAAAGAAGUCCUUGUGCCAGAGGUUGGGGCUAAGGGGCAGUUGAAGUUCAUCAGUGGGCACACCAGUGAGCUUGGUGACUUCCGCUUUACACUUCUGGCACCAACCAGUCCAGGAGAUACCACCCCCAAGUAUGGCAGCUACAACGUCUUCUGGUCCUCCAAUCCAGGACUUCCCUUGCUGACAGAGAUGGUGAAGAGUCGCCUAAAUCACUGGUUUCAGCAUCAGCCCCCCGGGGCUUCCCCUGAACGCUACCUCGGCUUGCCAGGAUCUCUGAAGUGGGACGACAGAGGCCCGAGUGGGCAAGGACAGGGACAAGGGCAGUUUUUGAUACAACAGGUGACACUGAAAGUCCCCUUUUCUGUGGAGUUGGUGUUUGAAUCAGGCAGUGCCCGGACAGGAGGCAGCCAAGCCCCAGAGCUGCUGGCAGGCCGCCUGCUGACCCACACCCUGGAAAGCCAUGCUGAAGCCUUUAGAGAGCGCUUUGAAAAGACCUUCCGGCUAAAGGAGAAGGGCCUGAGCCCUGAGGAGCAGGCUUUGGGUCAGGCUGCCCUCAGUGGCCUUCUUGGUGGGAUUGGCUACUUCUAUGGACAGGGUCUGGUGUUGCCAGACAUGGAGGUUGAGGGGUCUGAGCAGAAGGUGGACCCAGUCCUCUUUCCAUCUGUCCCUCUUUUCACAGCAGUGCCCUCUCGGUCAUUCUUCCCAAGAGGCUUCCUUUGGGAUGAGGGCUUUCACCAGCUGGUGAUCCAACGGUGGGAUCCCCGGCUCACCCGGGAAGCCAUAGGCCACUGGCUGGGGUUGCUUAAUGCCGACGGCUGGAUUGGACGGGAGCAGGUGCUGGGGGAUGAGGCCCGAGCCCGGGUGCCCUCAGAGUUCCUGGUGCAAAGGACAGCCCAUGCCAACCCUCCAACUCUGCUUUUGCCUGUAGCCCACAUGCUAGACAGUGGUGACCCUGCCGACUUGGCCUUCCUCCGCAGGGCCUUCCCUCGCCUGCGUGCCUGGUUCUCCUGGCUUCAUCACAGCCAGGCAGGGCCAGUGCCACUAUCUUACCGCUGGCGUGGCCGGGACCCAGCCUUGCCAACCCUACUAAACCCCAAGACGCUGCCUUCAGGCCUGGAUGACUACCCCCGGGCUUCACACCCUUCGGCCAGUGAGCGGCACCUGGAUCUGUGGUGCUGGGUGGCCCUAGGUUCCCGUGUGCUGAUGCGGCUAGCCGAGCAGUUGGGAGAGGCUGAGGCGGCUGCAGAGCUGGGCCCACUGGCUGCCUCCCUGGAAGCAGAGGAGAGCCUGGAUGAGCUGCAUUGGGCCCCAGAGCUAGGAGUCUUUGCAGACUUUGGGAACCAUACAAAAGCGGUGCAGCUGAAGCCUCGGCCCCCUCAGGGGCUGAUGCGGGUGGUGGGCCGGCCCCACCCUCACUUACAGUUUGUGGAUGCCUUGGGCUACGUCAGUCUUUUCCCCUUUCUGCUGCGGCUGCUGGACCCCAGUUCACCUCGCCUUGGACCCAUGCUGGAUGUUCUAGCUGAUCGGCGUCAACUCUGGAGCCCCUUUGGUUUGCGCUCUCUUGCAGCAUCCAGCCCCUUUUAUAGCCAGCGCAAUUCAGAGCAUGAUCCUCCUUACUGGCGAGGGGCUGUGUGGCUCAAUGUCAACUACCUGGCACUGGGGGCUCUGCACUACUACGGGCAUCUGGAGGGUCCCCACCAGGCCCGUGCUGCCAGGCUCCAUAGAGAGCUCCGCGCCAAUCUGGUGGGCAAUGUGAGACGGCAGUACCAGGCCACAGGCUUCCUGUGGGAGCAGUACAGCGACCAGGAUGGGCGAGGCAUGGGCUGCCGCCCUUUCCAGGGCUGGACCAGCCUUGUCCUACUGGCCAUGGCUGAAGACUACUGAAGGGGGAGCGUGGGAGGAGAAGCCAGCCCGCUUAUUCCAUUCUGGACUAGAGGGACAGGUCUCUCACUUCUGCCCCUAGCUGUCAGAUACCAGUGCUUCAAACCCUCCUCAGCUCAUCUCAGGUGUCUCCUAACUGACAUCCCACACAGCCCUGGGGUGAAUGUGAAUUCAGAGUCUAUUUUUCUAAAUAAAUGGGAAAACCAUGCCAGACUCCA